CCAAGGUCGGCGGGAAGGUGUCCUUGACCGACCACCCACGGCAGAACGUGGCAUAUCCGCCAUGCGACGCAGGCCGGACGGAUCGCCUGUCACCUAAAUCCACCCUCGAAGCAUACUAUCACAGGCGUGAUAGCAUGACCGAGUCGUUCUAUCCUGUAACGGCUAUCACCGGUCACAUCGGCUUGCACGCAGCGCAUGCCAACCACCAGGCCCACCUCGACCGACUGCACCAUGGCGCGCCGUCAGUCGACACUGCGCAAGAGGACGAUGGUGAGAUAAGCUGCUUUUGUGGCUUCGGUGACGAUGAUGGAAACACUGUCGCGUGCGACGUUUGCAGCAGAUGGCAACACAUCAUAUGCUACUACCCGGAAUAUGAGGGUCAAGGCUUACCUGCUGACCUCCAACAUUUCUGCGUCGAAUGCCGUCCACGCCCCGUUGAUGCGCACGCCGCGCAUGGGCGUCAAAGGACUGUACGCGAGCACCAUCAACUAUCAUACAACGGCGUAAAGCGGCCACCAGCGAAGAGUCACAAGAAGAAGGUGAAAGAGUCGCCAAGCGCACCUUACACCAAUGGCUGGCCAGUGGACAAGGUCAGGCAUGAUCGCAACAGUGCCAGUCCUCGCGACCAGCCCCCACCUGCCAAACGGCCCAAGACAAGUCACCGUACCUCGGAUUCAAACGCCUUUGCGCCGGUUAAAGGCAAUCCUCGUAAGCGUAACCUCAGCAACAUGCACCAUCGCAGCAUAUCUCAAUCACCUGACAGUCCGACGGCUAUGUAUUCCGAGGAGUUUCUUCGAUCCCAUCAGGAAGACGACUGGACGUACAGCGAAGCGAAUGUGAUGGACGCGCUCCAAGUCACCAAUCAUCUAUCGCGCUGGCUACAGCUGUCGAACGAGGACUUCUACGAUGAAAUCCAGGUUGAGAAGGGUAAUGUGCUUAACAGAUGGGACAAGGGAACGCCGGACGACAUACCGGGCAAGCCGCAAAUAGAGGUGGUUGAGCAGCCGGACAUCACCUGCACCGAUAGCGAAGGCAACAAUCCUUCUUGGAAAGCAGUCAUCAGCCACGACGCUCUGCAUGCUGGCGCUUAUAUCGGCGAACUCCGUGGCCGCAUAGGACUGAAGGAUGAAUACAAACGCGACCCAGUCAAUCGAUGGUCGAAAGUGCGACACCCUGAACCCUUCGUGUUUUUCCAUCCGUCACUUCCAAUAUACAUCGAUGCUCGUCAUGAAGGCACCGAUCUCCGCUUCGUGCGGCGCAGUUGCCAACCCAAUGCACGGUUACAGGUAUUGGUAACAAAGGGCACUGACUACCAUUUCUGCUUCAUGGCCUCUACGCUCAUUGAAUCUGGUACGGAGAUAUCUAUUGGCUGGGACACAGCCGAGAUGCACAGGCAACGGGAUAGCACCAUACCACGCUCGGUGGAGUCCAUCGAUGAUAUUAACAUGGAUGAGUUGCGGGAUUGGGUCUCGAGUGUUUUGUCGAACUGUGGGCCGUGUGCUUGUCAGCGGUCUUACCCUGAUUGCGCCAUGUCACGCUUCGACCGGAGACGGAUGCUGGAAGAGCAAGACGAUGUGCCGCAGCCUGUCAAAGCAUCCAAAUUGAAGAAGAAACGACUUGGCCAACAUAUCUCGCCGCUCAACACCCACAGCGUCAACAGCCGAUCUGGCAGCGAAGCACGCAAAGUUGGUCCAGACGAAGAUAUUGUGGACUCGCGAUCUGUAUCUGAGUCUGUCGAUAGAGCGUCCGCAAGCCGUGACAACACGCCCAACACCUACUACUCUGCCAACGGUUCACUCACCUUGGAGCCAAAGAUCUCAGAGAGAGAGCGGAAGAAGCUGGCUAAAGAAGAGGAGAUGUUCAGGCGGCAAGAAGAAGAGAAGAGCGGCAAAAUCGGCAAGAAGAAGCGCAACAGUGCAGGCUCAAACGUCACUACCCCGAGCGUGACUUCUUCAAAACAACUUGGACUUCAUGCUUUGCCACCUCGGACUGCGGACGCAGGCACACCGCAGCAACCUGCCUUGAUCUCCGCGAAGUCUGUCAAUGGUAAACGUCCCCGCGCUUCCACAAAUAAGACGCCGGUCAAGUCCGCCAUCAAAAAUGUGAAGAGGCAGAAACCGCUAUAUGUUGAGAGCGAG